AUGACUCAGCUCGCAGGGCAGUCUAACCAGCUCAAUAGCAUGGAGCAAAUUGACACUCUACCCGCUCACCUCCUGAUCGGCCCGUGCUACCCAGGCUUGAGUGAGCUAGCCUCGGAAUACGCUUCGACCCCGGCUACGCCUGAGGUACCAGCACCAUCGAAAAAUAACGACGGUACUGUCGACUGGAUUGCCCACCAGCCCUCCGAUACGCUUCGGCUCGAGACCUGCGCCGAGUGCGAACAACUCCUCGCGACGCUCUCCACCACCCCGCACCUCGGCGACAGCAUCAAAACGCUCGACGUUGAUGGUCGCUCUCGCAUCGGUUCUCCCAACGGGCUCUGGACUACGUUGCCUAGUAUCUUCACCGCUUGCCGUGGGCUUCAGACGCUCCGCCUGCGCAACUUCAAAUCCCUGCCUGGCCUCCCGACAAGCGGCGCGCUCAAUUACCUUAUCGGAGCUGGCCCGCUUCACGGGCUGCACGACCUCAUCCUACAAAACUGCGUGAUGGACUCGUACGACGACCUUGCGGAGGCGCUCGGGAGCAUGCCCUUGCUACGCAACCUUCGUCUCGAUCAUGUCUCCUCCCAUGUCUACCAACAGCCUUGGGACCGAGGGAGAUGGCCCUACGCUGGCCUGAGGCUACGCGCGCUUGACCUCAAGGACCACGUUAUUACAGAGACCCACGCUGGUCCAAUCGCAGAGGGUAUUUCUCGCCUGGAGAUGCUCGACAUGACCAUCAAGAACUGGCAAGAUCACGAUCUGCUGCAGUGUCUCACCGUCCCACGGAAGGGACUCGAACAUCUGACCCUGUCCGUGAACUGGGAAGGAAAGCCCGAUUCGGAAGACAAGGAGGACAAGGAGUGGCCAGAAGAGACGAUAUAUAGCGGCGAGUGCGAGUGGACGCGCGGCGUCGCGCUGCGGACGCUCACCCUGCGAGAGUACGCGCGCGAACGUCCGCGCGAGAAUGCCGGUGUCGAUGGCGAAUGGGCGAGCCGCUUCCUUCGCACCGUUAACUGCGCCGCGCUCGAGUCCGUUAUCCUCGUCAUUCACUACGUUGAUCCGGACCCAUGGCACGGGCUCCGGUGGGCGGACGCGGACGACGUGCUUGCAGCGUGCACCACCUUGUGCGCCGUUGUUGUCAAACACGAGGAUCUCGGCGACCCGCGGUGCGACACGGCGAACCUGGACUUGAAGGCGAUCAUGGCUGUUGUGCUCGCGCGGCGGCUCCCGAAAGUUGCUGAACGAGGCAUACUGCAAGUGAUACCGUGA